GUUGCUUUUGGACAAUACCAUAUCCGAUGCCUUCCAAAGGAGAGGGAUGCACUCCUUCAAUUCAAGGCUGCCAUUUUUGAUCCCUACGACAUGCUCUCAUCUUGGACCACUCCCGACUGUUGCCAAUGGGAGGGGAUUCGCUGCACCAACCUCACCGCUCAUGUUAUAAGCCUCCACCUUCCUGCACGGUACUAUCAUUAUAAAUCUCUUUCUCUUGGCUAUUAUUAUGAAUCUCUUUCUCGGCUUUACAUAAGCGGAGAGAUCCACAAGUCGUUAAUGGAGUUGCAACACUUACAGUAUUUCAACCUCAGUUUCAAUUCUUUUCGUGGCACUAUUCCAGAGUUUCUUGGCUCUCUUACCAACUUGAGAUAUCUUGAUCUCUCUUCAUGUUAUUUUAGGGGACAAAUUCCAACUCAGAUAAGUUCUCUUUCUCAUUUGAAAUAUUUGAAUCUUGCUCAUAAUUAUUAUUUGAAUGGUUCAAUCCCUCGUGAAAUUGGAAAUCUCUUUCGGUUGGAAUAUCUUGAUCUCAGUGGCAAUUCUUUUGAAGGAUACAUUCCUUCCCAACUAGGAAACCUUUCAAAUUUGCAUCAACUCUAUCUUGGAGGAUAUCAUAGUGCUCUCAAAAUUGUCACUACUGAUCAAUGGUUAUCUAAUCUUAAUUCUUUAACCCAUCUUUCCUUCAAUUCCAUAUCUAAUUUUAAAAGUUCUCCUAGUUGGCUUCGAACCAUUGCCAAGCUACCAAAACUAAGAGAACUCAGUUUAAUUCAUUGUGGCCUUUCCGAUCAUUUCCUCCUUUCAUUCAACCCUUCCAACUUCAAUUUUUCUCAUUCCCUUUCUAUCCUUGAUCUUUCUCGUAACUCCUUCACACAACCAAUGGUAUUCCAGUUGGUGUCAAACACCACUUCCAACCUUGUUGAGCUUGACCUUAGUUGGAACCUCUUGAAGGGUUUGACAUCAAAUCAUUUUGGCUUGGCCAUGAAUUCGCUUGAGCUCCUUUACCUCUCCAAGAAUGUGUUCAAGGGUGAAGAUUUGAAAUCAUUCAUGAAUAUAUGCACCCUACAUUCAUUAUACAUGGAUGGAAACAAUAUGACCGAAGACCUUUCGUCAAUUCUUCACAAUUUCUCCAGUGGUUGUGUUAGAUACUCACUACAAGAGUUCAGUUUGGCACACAACCAAAUCAGAGGCUCCAUACCUGACCUUUCAGCAUUUUCAAAUUUAAACAUAUUGGAUCUUUCUGAAAAUCAAUUGAGUGGGAAGAUACCUGAAGGCACUAGAUUGCCAUCUCAUUUGGAGCAGUUGUGCAUUCGAUAUAACUCUUUAGAAGGUGGUGUUCCAAAAUCAUUUGGGAACACAUGUACUUUGGAGUUAUUGGAUUUAUCUUUCAAUAAGUUGAGUGAAGAUCUCACAGUGAUAUUUAAUCAUUUGUCUGGAUGUUCUAAAUACUCACUACAAGACUUGAGUUUGACAUUUAAUCAAAUCAUAGGCUCCAUACCUGACCUUUCAGCAUUUUCAAAUUUAAAAAUGUUGGAUCUUUCUCACAAUCAAUUGAGUGGAAAGAUAUCUGAAGGCACUAAAUUGCCAUCUCAUUUGCAGCAGUUGUGCAUUCGAUAUAACUCUUUAGAAGGUGGUGUUCCAAAAUCAUUUGGGAACACAUAUACUCAUUGCAACAAUUAG